AUCUGCCAUAAUCCCAGCCACCUAAAUGGAGACUUUUAUAAAAUUUAAACAUCGAAGCACUGGCUUCCCCAAACAAUGAAAAAGAAAGGGAAGAUUUAAAGCAAUUUUUAUCAGUUCUAUAUACCUGCAACGAAUUUCCAAAGUCAAAAUGAUGCUCGUGGUUGUUUUGCUCGUAUCUUUUAAAGAGAUAGAGCUGUACCCUGUAAACGGGCAAUUAGACGUGAUUCAUCAAUUGGUAGACGAUGAGUUGCAGGCAACAUCGCGGCAACCAAGCGCUGGUUUCUAUCGAGUACCACCAACAGCAACCAAUCAGAGCGCGGUUCACUCGGGCGAAAUGCUGGCGCAAGAUACAUUUGUAAAGAAAGUGCAAGACAUGAUAAAGAAUUUAACAAAACAACAAGAUAGUGGGGAAAAUAUAUCAAAAGUGAACAUGGUAAAAACCAAGUCAUUUUUGAGGCCAACGGCGAUACCACCGAUUGAAAAAUUUUUCGUGACAGCUUCGCCUACAUCACGAAUUCAGCCGAUUGGGAACCGACUGUAUGGGUUUGUAGAGCCGAGCUCUAUUCCACCUAUCAGCGACCAGAUGAUAGAAAUCGGGAAAAUACCACCGAUUGCGGAUUUGCCAAGUAGGAAUGUUAUCGGGAGUGUAAAGGGUAAAGAUUUCAAGAGACUCUUACUCAAGCGUACAACACGUUAUUUGAGAGGACAAAUUUUCAGAUUUUCGGCGAAAAGAGUAUUUAUUCCUCCACCACCGCCUAUAAAACUAGAAAGUCUUAAACCUUUAUUGGAACUCGAGCCUUUUCAGAAAACGAAAGACAUAGAAAACAUCAAGCAACAAGUUGUGAAAAUUAAGAAAGUACCAGAGGUGGACCCGAUACAGAACCAUCUAGAACAAACUGAAUAACACCUGGGUAUUGAUGUCUGAAGUGUUAUAGAGCUUAAAGAACCAUCUAGAACCAACUGAAUAACACCCGGGUAUUGAUAUCUGAAGUGCUAUAAAGCUCACAGAUAAAUAUAGAACCAACUGAAUAACACCCGGGUAUUGAUAUCUGAAGUGCUAUAGAGCUUAAAGAACCAUCUAGAAACAACUGAAUAACACCCGGGUAUUGAUAUCUGAAGUGCUAUAGAGCUUAUUUAUGCAGCGCUCUCGGUAACAAGAUGACGUGGAAAAGCGUGUGGUUGGUUGAACGGGACGCAUGCUCAGUUUGCAUCAAGAAACCUAUCACGACAAUCUCGUUCCCAAACCCCACGCACCUUUGUGCCGCUGGCAUACUGGACACUGGGAACGAGAUUGCUACAGGCCCGUACCCAGGAUUUUUCUCGCUGGGGGGAGGGAGCGGAAUCCGAAAAUGUUGACCUAAAUUAUCCCACGUACCUUUGUGCCAGCCGCCUUGUACCUUGCCGCUGGCAUAAAGGUACGUGGGCUCUGGGAACGAGCUUGACAAGACAAAUGCCUAGUAUCUGGUAAAAUACACAAAAACAGAAAUGUACUAUUGACUUUUAUUCAGAAAUAUGCAUUGACAAAAUAAAAUAUUCAACAAUUCAAA